CCAAUAAUGGCUCUUCAAUACCAAUUUGGCUUACUUUCAAAUGGCACCAUCUUCAAACACAAAAUGCUUCCAUCAAAACCUAUCUCCCCACUUUCAACAAUCACGACCUGUCGUGUUCCUCGUACCAUCCAAUGCGUUGCCACAACCUUGGUAGUUUCUGAUCAAAACACUACUUUUCGUCGAUGUGUGAACUCUUUCAAGCCUUCAAUUUGGGAUUAUGAUUAUAUCCAAUCACUGAGAAGUGACUUCGUGGAAGAAUCAUAUGCAAAAGAAAGAGAUAGAUUGAAGGAAGAAGUAAGAGAUAUGUUCUCAAAAUUUGCAGAUCUUGUGGAUCAACUUGAGUUCAUCGAUGUCUUGCAAAGACUAGGGGUGGCUGCUCAUUUUAACCUUGAAAUUAGGAACAUAAUGGAGAAUACUUACAAUAAUUAUAAUAAUAAUGGCAUAUUGAAGAGGAGACCAAAUUCAUUAUAUGCCACGGCUCUUGAAUUUAGACUCUUAAGACACCACGGCUAUAACGUGUCAUCGGAUUUAUUUAAUGGAUUUCUAGAUUCUGAGAAUCAUUUUGAUUCUCGGCUGUCCGUUGAUAUCAGGGGGUUGUUAUCUUUAUAUGAAGCAUCAUUUCUAUCAACGGAAGGUGAAAUGAUAUUAGAUGAAGCAAGAGAUUUCAGCUCAACGUGUCUCAAAAAAUUUUUGAGGAAAAACAAAGAUGAAAAUGAUGAGAUUUUUAUCUUGGUUAAUCACUCUCUGGAGCUUCCUUUAUAUUGGAGGACAUCAAGAUUAGAAGCUCGGUGGUUCAUUGAUGUUUACCAACAAAGAAGACAGAAUGUAAGCCCUUCUUUGCUUAAGCUAGCAAAAUUGGAUUUCAAUGUAGUACAAGUCCAGCACCAAGAAGAUUUGAAACAUACAUCAAGAUGGUGGAAAGGAAUUGGACUCGGGGAAAAGCUGAAUUUUGCAAUAAGAGAUCGAAUAGUGGAAAACUUCUUUUGGACAGUGGGGCUCGCUUUUCAACCACAACUUGGACAUUUCAGAAGGCUGAUGGCAAAAGUCAAUGCUUUAAUAACAACAAUUGAUGAUAUUUAUGAUGCAUUUGGCAAAUUUGAAGAGUUACAACUUUUCACAGAAGUGGUUGACCGGUGGGAUGUCAAUGCCAUGGAUGAACUACCAGGCUACGUGAAAAUAUGCUUCCUUGCACUAUAUAACUUUGUUAAUGAAGUGGCUUUUGACUUCCUUAAAGAUCAUGGGCAAAACAUCAUCCAUCACCUUAAGAAGGCGUGGGCUGAUCUUUGUAAAUCAUAUAUGAUUGAGGCAAAAUGGUAUUAUUAUGAUUAUCAACCAACCCUACAAGAGUACUUGGAAAAUGCAUGGAUUUCAAUCAGUGCUCCUGUCAUACUCGUUCACGCUUAUUUUGCGCUUCCUACUUCAAAUAUAAAUGAUGAGAACUUUGUUCGUUUAGAGGAUUAUUAUGAACUUAUUCAUUCUUCAGCAACUAUUUUACGCCUUGCCAAUGACAUGGGAACAUCCAAGCGUGAAAAGGAGACAGGAGAUAUACCCAAAUCAAUCGAGUGCUAUAUGAAAGAAACUGGGGCUUCUGAGUCCGAUGCCCAUAGGCACAUAAAGUCCUUGGUAUUUGAAGCUUGGAAGAAGAUAAAUACAGAAACGGCCAAUUCUUUUUACUCAAAGAGUUUCAUUCAAAUUUCUGAAAACCUUGCUAGAAUGUCUCUUUACAUGUAUCAACAUGGGGAUGGCCAUACAGUUCAAGAUUCUCAAACUAUGAAUCAUAUACUGUUCCAACCUAUUGUAGGAAUUUAAGUUUAUGCAAUAAAUAAACUGGUUAAGAAAAUGUA